CUUCUAUGGCGCAAUAACAUCAUAGGGAGCUCAUCCCAUACUCUAACACCCCAAAAACACUCAGCAUUUAUACUGCCUUGGGGCCAUUAUGGGAUUGUCUAGCCUCCGUGAGACCUCGUCUACUUUCUUCUCUUCCUCGAGAAGAGCCGCCUCGCCCCCAACUUCCGUCUCCAGCCAGUCCUCCGACAUGCACUCCGCCAUGAACCUCUCUACAGGUUCAACAUCCUCUCGAGGGUCGAGCAUGUUCAUUCCCCGCGUCGACUCGCCAACAAUCAAAGCUCCUUCUCUCGCCGAGAUUCUCGCCAACACCGCCCAGGCGCCAUGGACACUGAGCGCCUUCAUGGCCUACCUCUCGCAAAACCACUGCAUGGAAACCCUCGAGUUCAUCCUCGAUGCCGGCCGCUACCGCACGACGUACGAAGUCGCCAAGUCAGAGCCUGCAGAUGCUUUGACCAGCCUGAACCACCUCUCCUCUCUUUGGGACAAGCUCAUUGACGCUUACAUCCUACCGUCUUCCCCUCGCGAGGUGAAUCUGCCCGCAUACAUCCGUGACAGCCUUCUCCGGCAGAAGUGCCGCUCUACCGAUGCGCCGCACCCUUCAAAGCUGGACGACGCCGUGAACAUUGUUCACGAGCUCAUGCAGGACUCGCUUUUGGUACCAUUCGUCGAGUCCAUGGUACCUGCCCUGGUCCAGUCUGCUUCUGCUGAGAAUCUAAACGAGCAGAGACAGAGCCGGUCUAUGCUUCGACACUCGCAGCUCAAGACCUCCGAUGCGGACGGCGCGAGCCAGUCACCCAAGUCUACUUUUCUCCCCCUGUUCACCAGCAUGCGCCGUGGUUCUCCUCGUCGGUCGUCCGCCGCCUCGAUGGAAGUUGACGAUGCUUUGUCGGAAGACACAGCAACACCUCAAUCGGCAGUUGGUGCAGACAUGAUGACGCCGCCCACCACCCCACCUACCGCCGACUAUGCCUUCCCCAUCAUUACCACCUCGGUCGCUACCCACUCCACAUCUGCGUCUAGUAGCUGGAAGGAUAAGAUCAGGCUCGGCCUCGGUAAGAAGAACAAGACCGGACGUCGCCCCGCGCCUACCAGUGGCACCGCUGCCCCUGUGUCAUUAUGAAGGUCACAGGUUGCACCAUCAUCUGAUCUUCCACACAUGCCAGCUGAUCCCACACCGUCAGCCGACGUAGUAGUAUCCUCA